GAAUAAAUAUAAAUGAUAAAAGGCUACAGAUGAAAGGGGAAAGUAUCUUCAAUCUUGAAACUAUGGGAAUGGUUGUUGCUUGCUAGCGUUCACAAGCACCGCGUUAGCAACAAAAUACCCUAAACGUUUCCUUGAAAAUGUCUAAAAUGCAGCUGUUGCAGGAUUAUCUAAACGAGCGGUUAACAGCGGUGGCUGUUGAGAUAUUUGGGGCCGUGGAAAAUACCAUAGCAGAGUACCAGGAAGAAAUCUCCCGUUCAAAUGAGGAGAUUGAACGUCUACGGAGGCUGCUGGAUUUGGUUUUCCAACCCGACAUAAAGCUACAGAAAGCAGACCCUCCGCAGCUCACGCUCCUUGUCCCUGAAGAGGAGGUUCUUGCUGAGAAGCAGCACUGUGAGCAGGAGUGGAGCCCCAGUCUGGGCCAGGAGGACCCAGAGCCCACUCAGAUUAAAGAGGAACAGGAGGAGUUUGGGACCAGUCAGGAGGAAGAGCAGCUUCAGGGGCUGGAGUCUGAUAUCAAAGAGGUCAUAUUCUCUCCUCCAUUUUCUCCCCAGCCCUCACAUCAUCCCCAAACCCAAACUUUAGAGAACAGAGAGAGGGACGCUCUACCCACCAAAACAACUGGAGAGAUCAAAAUGGAACCAGAUGGAGAGGGCUAUGGAGGAUCUGAAGCAAACAAUGAAUUACAGCGCCUCUCUCCAGUAAAUUCCGACUGUUCUGCAGCUCAUAUUGGGAACAGUGAAAGGGACAGUAUAGGGCUAAUGUCAGGGUUACAGCCACUCAAAUCAAAGACAACAUGGACAAAUAAAGUACAAAGCUCUAUUAAGACCAGGGAAGCCAGUGAGUUGAAAGUUCCAUUGAGGGCGGCUCACUCAGGGGAGAGACCACACAGGUGUCCCGUCUGCAGGAAAUGCUUUCUGAAAAUUAGCAUUUUAAAAACUCAUCAGAGAAUUCACACUGGGGAGAAACCAUAUUGCUGCAAUGUAUGUGGCAAAUGCUUCAGCCGGAUGGGACACCUGACUGAGCAUAUGAGAACUCACACGGGGGAGAAACCAUAUCAGUGCAAAGAAUGUAGCAAAUGCUUCAGCCGGAUGAGAAACCUGACCGUUCAUAUGAGGACUCACACAGAUGAGAGACCAUAUAAGUGCCCCUUGUGUGUCGAAUGCUUCAGAUCAGCAAGUCAUCUAAAAUGGCACCAGCGAAGACAUCACACAGGAGAGAAACCACGUUGCUGACUUUGUGGUAAAUGCUUCACUUGUAAGAACUGAGGAGGAGAAUGAACCCAGAGGGAUAAACAUGACAGUGCUGCUGGGGCAAAGUCGUACUCUCACUUGUAGGAGGACCUUUCCAUUGUAAAACACUGAUGUUUCAUAACCCUUCUGAGCAUGGCACAAAUGUAUAUACUGUAAUAAGUUUUUCAAAACCUAGUAGUUAUUUGGCAAUUCUAGCAUUAUUUGCACGCAAAAUCACAAUUUAUAUGUCUCACAGAAUGGACAAACCAAAUGUAUAUUAAACUUUUGAUGUGCGUGUCUAUAGUACCCCUUGGGGGGAGUGUUUACCCCCUAAAAGUCGACUUGUAAAUAUUGACAUGUUGGGCAAAUAACAAGUGUUCUGGAUGUUGCACACCCUCUGUUCUGGAUGUUACAAACCCUCUGUUCUGGAUGUUACACACCCUCUGUUCUGGAUGUUACAGAAAAUUGAACAUAUUAGCAAAAGUCUGAGUGAGGUCAAAACAUGGAUUGCCAUUUCGAUCACAAAAAAAGUAUAAUUUUCAAAAGAUUGUAACAACUUAUGGAUGUUGAUCAAAAUCAAAAAAUACAUAUUUUUUGGAAUGUUUUUCAAAUGUCAGCAGAAGGCAUAGUAUCUCCGGAUUACAUAAUUGCAGUUAGCCUAAAUACCACACCCUAAUAGUUUAUGUUUUGUCUUGAAAUACACUAUAUAUAUAAAAGUAUGUGGACACCCUUUUAAAUUAGUGGAUUGGGCUAUGUCAACCACACCCAUUGCUGGUGUAAAAAAAAUUAGAUGUUAUUGCAGGUGUUGUGAAAUGCUUGUGUUCAUAGCUCCAACAGUG